UUCGGGCUGGUAUCCUUAACUUACAAGCAUCUCGGGGAGAAGACGGAGAAAAAAGGGACUUCAGCCCUUUUCAUUAUCCGCCAUUAACUCCAACAUCGACCCAUCGAAGGUCUGUCAACUUGUUUUUUAUAAGACGUCAUGAUUUUUGUCCGAUGAAAUACGUAUUUGAAGUUGAGAGAGAGGAGAGGAGGUGAUUGCCGGAUAUCUGAUAGGAUUUCUACUUUGCUAUUUUUUCUUCCACGCGCGGAUUAAGCAAACAGGUUUUUGACAAAAGUGUGGAAAAGUUGCAACUUCCUCAGGAUCUUUAUGUUGGGAAGCAAAGAAGGUUCUUGAGCAAAGAAAGAGAUAAGUCAUAUUGAGAAUGGCGCUAAAGGCCAGGGUGUUGUACGACUUCAGCUCGGAGAACCAAGGGGAGAUCUCCAUUAGUGAGAACGAGAUGGUCACCCUGUUUAGUGAGGAAGAGCUGCAGGGCUGGUUGGAGGGGGAGAACAGCAGGGGGGAUGUUGGCCUCUUCCCAGCGUCCUAUGUGGAGAUCAUUAGGGAUCACAUCACCUCCAACAACAACAAUGGUUUCUCCUCUCCUAAAGUUGUCACCCCCACCCAUGUCACCUAUUCUCAGAAAGGACCCGAAGCAGGAAGUGUUGGCAGCGGGGGAGGCAGCUUCCACACCAGCCAGGGGAGCGAUGACGACUGGGACGACGAAUGGGAUGACACUUCUCCAGCGACGGACACCCCCAGGGGUCUGGGUACCUCACCGCCUUCCUUGUACCCUGUGACCACCUCCCUUCCGGGCAGACGCAGCAGCUCGCAGCAACCUCAGGCCAAGAGCUCGGCCACGGUGGGAAGGAACCUGAACAGGUUCUCCACUUUUGUCAAGUCUGGAGGUGAGGCCUUCUUGCUCGGGGAGGCGGCGGCUUUUGUUAGAGAUGGGGACAAGAUUUGUGUGGCAAUGGGCAAGCACGGACCCGAGUGGCAGGAGGACCCGUACCCCUUCACCUGCACCAUUGACGACCCAACCAAGCAGACUAAGUUCAAAGGCAUGAAGAGCUACAUGUCCUAUGGCCUGACCCCGACACACACCAACGUUCAAGUCAACCGCAGGUACAAACAUUUCGACUGGCUCUACGCUCGGCUGGUGGAGCGCUUUCCCGUCAUCUCAGUGCCACAUCUGCCGGAGAAACAGGCCACUGGGCGCUUUGAGGAGGACUUUAUUUCCAAGCGAAGGAAAGGCCUCAUCUGGUGGAUGAACCACAUGACCAGCCACCCUGUGCUGGCCCGCUGCGACGUCUUUCAGCAUUUCCUCACAUGUGGGGCGGAUGAGAAGGCCUGGAAACAGGGCAAGAGGAAAGCAGAGAGGGAUGAGUUGGUCGGGGCAAAUUUCUUCCUCACGAUCAGCACGCCGGCUGUUCCACUUGACCUUCAGGAAGUGGAGAGCAAGAUCGAAGGCUUCAAGACCUUCACUAAGAAAAUGGACGAGAACAUUGUGCUCGUCAACACCACCAUCAAUGACUUUGCACGCAAGCAGAUGUCAGGAUUCAAGAAAGAGUACCAGAAAGUGGGACAAUCCUUCAAACUCCUCUCACAGGCGUUCGAGAUGGAUCAGCAGGUCUUCUCAGCAGGUCUGAACAAGGCCAUCGCGUAUACUGGUGAUGCCUAUGAGGCCAUAGGAGAGUGUUUUGCAGACCAACCACGUCACGACCUGGAUCCCAUUUCUGAUCUGCUGGAUCUCUACAGAGGACAUCUGGCCAACUUUCCUGACAUCAUCCAUGUGCAGAAAGGUGCGCUGACCAAGGUGAGAGACUGUCCCACGCUGGAGGGUGAGCUCCACGACCGCUGCAACAUCAUCUCAUGCGCCACGUUGGCCGAGAUCCAGCAUUUCCACCGCACGCGUGUCAGAGAUUUCAGAGGGCAGAUGCAGCACCACCUACAACAGCAGAUCGGAUUCUUCCAGAAAAUCACUGCCAAGCUGGAGAAUGCGCUCCAGAGGUAUGACAGCGAGCAGUAAGAUGAGAGCGGUGGAAAUCGUAAAAAAAAAGAAAUCUGGAAUAGACUGGAGAGCAGAUGGGGUGACAGAUGAGCUCAUCCUGCAGAAAUGGAGCAUCAUUAACCGCACGUAGGGACUUUUGACAUGGAUUAUAACGGAAACACAUUAUUAAAUAAGGCGUGGACAUGUGGAAUCAUUAGAACAAAUGUGAUUUUCUUAAUGCUCGCAGUGCAUUACACAAUUCAGCAAGACUAGAAAUGUAAAUGAUGGGUGGGGCUCUCUUGAUGGUCUGCAGCCUUUAAAUUGCAUUCAUUAAGCAUUCAUCAAUUUAAAGACUGAAUAAGUGUUCAUUCUACAAACCCCGUUUCCAUAUGAGUUGGGAAAUUGUGUUAGAUGUAAAUAUAAACGGAAUACAAUGAUUUGCAAAUCAUUUUCAACCCAUAUUCAGUUGAAUAUGCUACAAAGACAACAUAUUUGAUGUUCAAACUGAUAAAAAAAAUUUUUUUUGCAAAUAAUCAUUAACUUUAGAAUUUGAUGCCAGCAACACGUGACAAAGAAGUUGAGAAAGGUGGCAAUAGAUACUGAUAACGUUGAGGAAUGCUCAUCAAACACUUAUUUGGAACAUCCCACAGGUGUGCAGGCUAAUUGGGAACAGGUAGGUGCCAUGAUUGGGUAUAAAAACAGCUUCCCAAAAAAUGCUCAGUCUUUCACAAGAAAGGAUGGGGCGAGGUACACCCCUUUGUCCACAACUGCGUGAGCAAAUAGUCAAACAGUUUAGGGAUUUCAACAUCUAUGGUCCAUAAUAUCAUCAAAAGGUUCAGAGAAUCUGGAGAAAUCACUCCACGUAAGCGGCAUGGCCGGAAACCAACAUUGAAUGACCGUGACCUUCGAUCCCUCAGACAGCAGUGUAUCAAAAACCAACAUCAAUCUCUAAAGGAUAUCACCACAUGGGCUCAGAAAACACUUCAGAAAACCACUGUCACUAAAUACAGUUCGUCGCUACAUCUGUAAGUGCAAGUUAAAGCUCUACUAUGCAAAGCGAAAGCCAUUUAUCAACAACAUCCAGAAACGUCGCCAGCUUUUCUGGGCCCAAGAUCAUCUAAGAUGGACUCAUGCAAAGUGGAAAAGUGUUCUGUGGUCUGACGAGUCCACAUUUCAAAUUGUUUUUGGAAAUAUUCGACAUCGUGUCAUCCGGACCAAAGGGGAAGCGAACCAUCCAGACUGUCAUUGACGCAAAGUUCAAAAGCCAGCAUCUGUGAUGGUAUGGGGGUGCGUUAGUGCCCAAGGCAUGGGUAACUUACACAUCUGUGAAGGCACCAUUAAUGCUGAAAGGUACAUACAGGUUUUGGAACAACAUAUGCUGCCAUCUAAGCGCCGUCUUUUUCAUGGACGCCCCUGCUUAUUUCAGCAAGACAAUGCCAAGCCACAUUCAGCACGUGUUACAACAGCGUGGCUUCGUAAAAAAAGAGUGCAGGUAAUUUCCUGGCCCGCCUGCAGUCCAGACCUGUCUCCCAUCGAAAAUGUGUGGCGCAUUAUGAAGCGUAAAAUACGACAGCGGAGACCCCGGACUGUUGAACGACUGAAGCUCUACAUAAAACAAGAAUGGGAAAGAAUCCCACUUUCAAAGCUUCAACAAUUAGUUUCCUCAGUUCCCAAUCGUUUAUUGAGUGUUGUUAAAAGAAAAGGUGAUUUAACACAGUGGUGAACAUGCCCUUUCCCAACUACUUUGGCACGUAUUGCAGCCAUGAAAUUCUGAAUUAAUUAUUAUUUGCAAAAAAAAAAAAAAAAGUUUAUGAGUUUGAACAUCAAAUAGCUUGUCUUUGUAGUGCAUUCAAUUGAAUAUGGGUUGAAAAGGAUUUGCAAAUCAUUGUAUUCCGUUUAUAUUUACAUCUAACACAAUUUCCCAACUCAUAUGGAAACGGGGUUUGUACAUCUUACUCACCAAUUGUUUGUUUGGAGGAUGAAGCAAAAACUACCAAAAAAAAUUUCAAAAUUGUUUUUAACUUUUGUUAAAAUUUCAACUUCUGCUCUGCUAAGAACUUGUGGAAAAACUGAACAUGGAGUUGACUCCAGCAGGAAGAACAGACCGAAAAUUAUGGUUAUUUGUAGGUUGUGUUAAGAAACUGCUCAACAACUUUAAUGGACAUCAUAGGUUAGAAUAAGAACCAUUUUAACAGAGUGUCUCAAACGCUCAUCCAUUUGGUGUAAGCCAGGGGUGUCCAAACGUCUACCAGCCAAGACCGCAAACUGAAAAAUUAAAGAUGUAUUUUGUACAUUAAAGAUGCUAAAACCAAGCCAAUAUAUGCUAAGCGUAGCUAUGAAGGAAACAUUGACAUCAUAGCGUUUGUGUUGUAGGUGGCAAGGCAAAUAGGUUUAAGUGAAUAUCUAAUAUUUAUUAUUAAUAAUUCAUUAACAUAAUUUUCAGCAUAUGCCAAGGGACACUAAAACUUCACUUUGGACACCCCUAGUGUAAGUGUUUCAUUGCAAUGUUUCGGUAAAACGUUGUGUUUUAAACGUUAUGUUCUAAAUAACUAAUAUUAUUAUUGGUGCUUCUCACUUUAGUUUUGUUGAAUUUUAUUUUCACAAUGCUAUGAAUAAACCCAUUGAUGUUUUGUUUAAAGGGCAAGUGUAGUUGUUCCUAGCAUGCACACAGUAAGUGUCCAAACAUUUCAAUGUAUCACAACAGGGCAGUAUUUCUGCAAAUAAAUGGAUAUACUGUAAAACAUA